AUUUGGACAAAGUUCAAUAAUUUUCGUCAUUUUUUAAACAUUUAAUUCUUUCUGGGACAGCAGACGUAAACCAGACGCAAGCCAAACGUAAACACGGUCACAAACUUCAUGGAACUGAAGAUUUUUGACGAAGAUUCCGAGGCCCACGUAACUGUAAAUUUAAAAAUGACCGAAGUAUGCGCGUUCUGAACUGAAGCCAGUGCGCCAGAAAAAAAUCGCCAUAAUGUUGGAAGAUUAUUUUCUAAAAAAUCAUCACGAAGAUUUAGAAGAGAUAUUAAAUGAUCCAGGAGCCUCAAAUCAUCACUCGAUAUACGUAAAUUUUGUAGAUCUGCACAAAGAAGCAACGGAAGUAUCAAAUAAGGUCCUGCGACGACCUCGUCAUUAUUUACCUCUGUGCGAUGAUUCUAUUAUAUCAGCCCAAAAAAAAUUGGCUAGUACCGAAGAAUCCAAAAAACGACAAGCGAAAACGAGGGUUCAUAUGAGAAUAAUGGGUGUGCCAGUAAAAGCACAUCUUGGCGAAAUUGGCGAAUUAGUUACAAUAGUAGGCAUAGUUGUGAGAAUGUCACAACCAAUAGUUAUAAAAUUGUCAAAACGAUACAACUGCCGAAAAUGCAAGCACGUAACAGUAUCACACUUAACUUGGGAAAGAGAUACAAUUCCAGUAAUGAGAGAGUGCCAAGCCUGCCAAUCGAGCAAUAUUGAAUUAAUUCCUUCUUUACAACAAGAAGAUUGUACGGAUCAACAAGAAAUAAAAAUUCAGGACAAGUGCCAGCCAGAUUCAAACAACAGUAGUGUAACAGGAUGGCAGGUUGUUUUGCUUGACGACUUGGUUGAGAAAUGCAAACCCGGUGACCAAGUUCAGAUUAAUGGGAUCGUUGUACGUCGAUGGGCAAAUCCAGAAAUUGGACAGCGCUCAGAUGCCACAACAUUUAUGCUUGCAAACUGUAUUUCAGUUCAACGAAAAGUUAAUGAAUCUAGAUUUUCUACGAAAGAAAAGAUGGAUUAUUUUACUCAUUAUUGGGACACACAUGCAAAAAAACCACUCGUUGGAAGGGACAAUAUAAUUGCCUCAGUCUGCCCGCAACUCUAUGGGAUGUACAUUCUGAAAUUGGCAUUGGCCGUCGUUCUCGCUGGGGGAGUGACAAAGACUAACUCUUCAGGGAAUAAGAUUCGAGGGGAACCUCAUCUAUUGCUAGUCGGCGAUCCUGGAACUGGAAAAUCACAAAUUCUUCGAACAGCUACUCGGUUGGCUGUCCGUUCAGUUCGCACAACUGGAAUUGGAUCAACUUCUGCCGGACUCACAGCUGCCGCUGUUAAAGAUUCUGAUGGGUGGCAUUUAGAGGCCGGGGCUUUAGUCUUGGCAGAUGGGGGAGUAUGUUGCGUGGAUGAAUUUGCAACCAUGAGUUCUCACGAUCGAGCCUGUGUUCACGAGGCAAUGGAACAGCAGACAAUUUCGAUUGCAAAAGCUGGACUCGUGAGUACAUUAAAUUCCCGAUGCAGUGUAAUUGCGGCGAUUAAUCCUGAGGGUGGCCAAUUCAAGGAAGACAGAGAAUAUAAAACUCGACUCGGAAAUCCUCUCCUUUCUCGAUUCGAUCUUAUUCUUCUCUUGAAAGACACGAGAAAUCCAAGUUGGGAUAAAAUGACUUCAGACCACAUUUUAAAAGCAGCGCGCGAGCUUCCCGACGAUAGCGCUAAAAGAAAUCCAGGUGCGGAUGUGGAGCUACAGAAAUCAAACUUGUGGAAAGAAGAUGAGCUUCGAGAAUAUUUGGCACAUAUUCACUCGAUAAAACCCAUUUUGACACCUGAAGCAGAUCAAGUUUUACAGGCAGUAUUUUUGCAGCACAGAUACGACCCAGAAAGAAGAGAUGAGCGAAAGACUAUGCGUAUGCUGGAAAGCUUAGUCCGAUUAGCCGAGGGACACGCAAGACUUAUGCAUAGAUCGGAAGUUCUAAUUAUGGACGCUGUCGUCGCUUCGCAGUUGAUAGGAUUAAGCACAGGAUCGGCAAAAGAUGUGGGUUGUCCCUUCCCACAUGAUCCAAUGGCUAACUAUCGCGAAGAGGGAUUGGAACUUUUGAAUGAUCUUGGACUGCGCCAUUUAGAACGAUUUCUGUAAAUAUAGAAAGCUGAUUUUAGAUAAAAUUACAAAUAUUUCGUCAAAAGAAACACAUGAAUAAAAAGUUUUUACAAUAUUCAUUACAUUUCUAGAUUAUAUUUAUGUCAUAACUUUGAUUUACAUUCAUUAUUUUAAUAACUGUAACUUAAAAUAGAUACUUAGAUGUAUUUUUAUACUCGCUAUCAUUACAAUUUUAAAUAUAGCAACAUUCUUUUAUAAAUAUUACAUUCAUAAUGGAAUUUCAUGUGUUAACAUUUUUUUUAAUCAUCCCAGUUUGCAUGCAAGGACGGUUGUGCCUUAACAUUUUUCAUGUGCAAAAAAAAAACAAUAGUUUCUUUAUU